UUGAGCACCAGCAUCACCAGAAAGCCUCAGUAAUUCAGAUAAAGUAAAGAGACGGAAGCGUAUUAACUUCGUGGUUUAUUAAAUUUUUUAAGAGUUAAAUGUUGGCAACAUUUCUGGCUUGUUUAUUAUUGUAUAGAAAUGGCUGCCGGUCCGAUUGCAGAAAGAAAUCAGGAUGCAACCAUUUAUGUGGGAGGUCUUGAUGAAAAAGUCAGUGAAACUAUUUUAUGGGAGUUGUUUGUUCAAGCUGGUCCUGUUGUGAAUGUGCAUAUGCCUAAAGAUCGUGUUACAGGCCAGCAUCAAGGGUAUGGCUUUGUUGAAUUCUUGGGCGAAGAUGAUGCAGAUUAUGCUAUCAAAAUUAUGAACAUGAUAAAACUAUAUGGCAAGCCUAUAAGAGUAAAUAAGGCUUCAGCUCAUCAAAAAAAUUUAGAUGUUGGUGCAAACAUUUUUAUUGGCAAUCUAGAUCCUGAGGUUGAUGAGAAGCUUCUGUAUGAUACGUUUUCUGCUUUUGGUGUGAUCCUCCAAACUCCAAAAAUUAUGCGAGAUCCAGAAACUGGAAAUUCCAAAGGUUAUGCAUUUAUAAACUUUGCUAGUUUUGAAGCGUCUGAUGCAGCCAUUGAAGCCAUGAAUGGGCAGUAUUUGUGCAACAGGCCAAUCACUAUUUCUUAUGCUUUUAAGAAAGAAUCAAAGGGUGAAAGACAUGGCUCUGCAGCUGAACGUCUGUUGGCUGCUCAGAAUCCCCUGUCUCAUGCUGAUCGUCCUCAUCAACUGUUUGCUGAUGCUCCACCUACUGUUGGUGGUCCAAUGCCUGUUCCUACUCACAUGGUUCCUCCACCUAUGCCUCCUCCUGGUUUACCUGCUCCUCCACCAGCACCCAUGCCAACAACUACAGUGGUUUCUACGACAAGCUCUCUACCUCCACCCCCACCAUUGCCUCCAAGUUCCUUGCCCCCUCCUCCACCAUUAUCUAUGAGGCCGCCUAUGCCACCACCACCAUCACAACCUCCUCCGCCUCCACCAUCAUCUCACAUGCCACCUCCUCCACCUGCUCCUCCAGUUUCAUCAUUUGGUGGAAUUCCUCCACCACCACCUCCUUUACCAACAACAGCUGCAUCUCAAAUACCUGCUCCACCCAGUUCAGAUGCACCACCACUUCCUCCAAAAAGUAUAGAGCAGCCACCUCUUCCACCACCACCUCCUCCUAUUGGUAUGCCUCCAAAUAUGCCACCAUUUCCUGGUCAAGGCUUGCCUCCUCCUCCAAUACCUGGAAUGAGGCCUCCAAUUCCUGGAAUGGGUUAUCAUUCACAGCCAUUUGGGCCACCACCUCCACCAUUCCCACCUGGUCGUGGUGCUCCUCCUAUGCCCCCUCCUCCACCUGCACCAAGAAUGAGAAUGCCACCUCCACCACCUCCUCCUCCACCAAGUUCCGCUCCUUAAAACUGAUUUUGUAUCUAAAUGAACUUUUAUAGGAAAAGACUUUAAAUAAAUAUUUUGUUUACUUGUA